AUGUCUGCCGCCGAGGGCGAUGUGGCCUCACGCCUGUGGUCCGUAGUGCAGGAACUCUCUGCACAAAUAUCCUCGAAUAAGGAGGAGAUGGAGAGCCUACGCGAACAGCUUCAUUCGCUGCAAGGACAAGCGGUCCAUGAGCGGACAGGCUUUGCCUUGCGGCGCUUCAAUGUCGACCUAUCGCAGGAGGAGUUUUUGUCGCAAAUUGAACGGCUCAAUACUCAAUUGGCUACAGAAAAUACAAAACUUGCUCACGAAACCAAGCAGCUGGGUAUGUUAUUGCGCGAAUAUGAGACUACGCUGGAGACUGUCAUGGGCAAAUUCCGAGCGUUUUCCUAUGCAGCACAACAGCAUAGCCUCGACUUAACCGCGUACUAUGAGAACCGUCUUAAUCAGAUGAAAUCAGAACGAGAUACGCAUGCUGCCAAAGACGACAAAGUUCUUCACGAUAUUUGUGCGAAUCUUGGCUCGCUAGUUCGAAGCGCUAUGAUGUCAUUGGAUGGCGACGAAUCACCUCAGGAUGUGCUGGAGACCAAGACGGAGCUUGAGAGGCUACGUCAAGAAAACGAUAUUUUGCGUUCUAUGCUAGGUAUAGAGCAUGACCACCCCACAUCUGAACAUGACGAUGACCGCCUGAGUUUAACGAACCUGUCUGUGGCUCGGACGCACGUGGCGAACGCAGUCGACGCCAACGUAACGGCGGCCGCGCCAGUGGAUGCGAUUGAUGCUGGUGUACCAGCCAAUGAUACAGCAGUGGCAUAA